AUGGAGCUGCCACUCACUCGCUGCAUUUCGCCGUCGAGCCAGGCUCCAUCGCGGCCCUCCCGACCCCGCGCAGCGCGCGCCGCGCCGCCGCGCGGUGGAGACACCGAGCGGCGUUGGGCAGCGGCCGUGCUGGCGGCGUGUUUCCAACCAACAACAUCACGCACUCGACGACAUCGCACAAGGGUCAGGCGUUUUCGUGCGGUGGGUGCCGUCGAUGAGGUUGAGACGAAGAUCCGCGCCAGGCGGCGGCCACCGGCCGCCGUGAUGUCCAAGCGCACCACGCUCACCGGAGCACCCAGUCUUCUGUCGCUGGAGCAGUGUUUGGCGGAGCAUCGCUUCGAAGAAGCGGAUCAGAUCACCCGAGACUUGCUCUUGAUCUUUGGAGGGCCAGAGCCACUCCAGCGGGGCUACCUGAAGCCUGAAGAGGUGGCUCAGAUCUCAGAGGAAGAGCUGCGGCGAGUGGAUGAGCUCUGGUCGUUGCACUCUGCCGGCCGCUUCGGUUACGCCGCACAAAGACGGAGGCUGGAGGAAGCAGGCCAUGACUUCUCCGAGUUCAUGCAGAGGGUCGGCUGGUUACGCUCUGAGCAGGGGCAUGAGGAACAGUUGCUGCGGUUUUGGCCUCGCCGUGACUUCGAGUACUCAUUGGAAGCGCCCGAAGGGCAUUUGCCGUUGACGAACCUCAUCCGCGGCAGGGACCUGUUGGUCUCCUUGCUGCAACACCCGGCUUUUUCGUCCAAUGGAGCUAGACAAGGAGUAGCACCUCCACCUCCACGGAAGUCGGUCAACGAGGCGAACGAGGAGGAGGUACGUUCCUGGUGGGCCAAGCUCAUUGGGGCAGCGGAUGAGGAAGAGGAGGAGACGCCACAUGAGGACACCUCCACUGCAGCUGAAAGGUCCUUCGCUGAGAGCUUCGAAGAACGUCAAGGCGACACUCGCUUCAGGAUCACGAUGAUCACUGGCUUCGAAUCCUUCAAUGCGCGGCUCUACCGCAACGCCGCCAGGGAAGCCAUCCUUCCAGGCCUUUCAGUGUGUGUCUUCACAGACCAGGAUAUUGUUGAACGAAGAGAAGUCGUGCAACAAGUUCUGAGAGAGACGGACGUUUUCUUCUGUUCUUUGAUCUUCGACUUUGACCAGGCAGAAUGGCUACGGGAACAAUGCCAAGACAUCAAGGUCCGCAUGAUCUUCGAGUCGGCGGUUGAGCUCAUGUCCUGUACACAGGUGGGCAGCUUUCAGAUGGGUGGCGGAGGUGGUGGAAUGCCGCCCCAGAUCCGCUCGAUGAUCUCUGCCUUGACAGGGCAACGGGAGGAGGAUCGCAUCGCGGGCUAUACGAAGUUCCUGAAAGCAGGGCCGAAGCUGCUGCAGAUGCUUCCCCAGCAGCUUGGAAUUGGUGAAAUCACCGAGAAAUUGGUUCCGUUUUAA